GUCUGUUGCGUGUCAUUGCGUCAUUAUUACAGUUAAAUGAAACAUUGUGACAUUUAGAAAUUACAACGUAGGUAAUUUAGUUUGUGACCACUUAAUAGUUAAAAUAAAAUAAUGUACAAAUUUAGUUGCAAACUAUUGUUAUGUACUUGUGGUUUUAUUACUGCAUUACGAUGUUUAGCGAAUGAACGCAGUUCCUCUUAAGUUCAAAGUAAAUCAACGCUAUACAGGUCGUAUUGUGGUACAUCAUUUGGUUACCUUAUAAUUGACUGGCAAAUUGAAGCAUAUACUUGUCCUUUUCUGAAAAUGAGUCAUCAUGAAAAUUAAUCAUGCACCAACUUUUAAAAUACAGAAGCGAUUUGAAGGGCCUUAUCAAUCUACCGAGAAGGAUACGGAUGAUGCUGUAAAACAGUCACUAAAUCAAGAUUUCAGGUACUUCAUAAAUAAAGAUGUUAACUUGCGUCGAGUUUAUGCACAACUACGCCAUUUGGCGAUUGUACUUUUUAUCUGCGCUACAUUAUCUUUGGGAACAGCAAUUGCGGAUAUAGAACUUACUCGCCAGGCCAGGGCUAUUAUUUCAAAGAAGUUGAACUGUGAAUCGACCUACACUCGAGGAUGGGGCCGUUAUUGUCCGCCUAUUGAUGAUGGGACGAACUUCUCACACUAUUUAAACUCAAGCAUCGCAGAUUCAUAUUUUAAAAGAUGGUACAUAAGUCACUUUAACUUCGCAUACGGCAUUACCAUUCUUGAUGUGUGCCUUAAGAGCAGCUUGAGCGUAGUUACUGUCGUAAGUUCGAUUUGUUUAAUACUUUACCAUAAAGCCGAACUUGACGUUUUGCGGAUGAAGAGAUAUAUACCCGAAGACAGUUCGUUCGGAAAGUCUCCAAAAUUAAGGUCUUUUACUUUGAAGUUUAUACUCGCAUCAUUACACAUACCUCCUAUGUGUGACGCUUGGAUAAAUUAUGAAUUCCAGCUAAUCGUGCUGUCACGAAUAUUCGUGUGUGGAAUAAAGUUACUAAAAGAAUGUAACGAGCUUCGUUAUCACAGGCUUGGAAAUGUAUUAUCCAACCUUGCACGAGUGAAAAUUCACAGCACCUUUCUAAUUAAGACCUAUUUUCUACGAUAUCCGAAAUUUAUUCUCUUUGUGGUCUACAUUUUUGUCGUUGGAUUCUUUCCGUAUCUUGUUGUAAUAACUGAAGCAAUCGAAGGGAAUAAAAUAUAUUAUUCGGAUGCAUGUUGGUUAAUGGUCGUUACCAUUACUAACCUUGGCUCGGGUGAAGUCAGGCCGCGGGGAAUACCCGCACGAGUUGUCGUCGGUCUGGCAUCUAUAAUAGGAAUACUCUCGACUGCCUUGUGGGUAAACGUGUUUUCAAAAUACCUCGAUCUGCCGAAUGAAGAACGGAGAAUUCUUUCUAUAGUUGAGCACCAAAGGUGUCGAAGGAUUGAACGAUACACCGCUGCCGCUUGCCUACAAGCAGCCUGGAGGCGUUACGUGCACAGGAAAAAAUACUCAUAUAGUUUACGAAGCAGUCGUGAGAUUGAACGAACCUGUAAGAAGGCGAUGUGGGAUUGGAAAUGUGUCAGACAGAACUGUACUGAAGUUCGAAGAAAUCUUGAAUCGAACUUUUCAACCGAAGACACAUUGAUAGUUGCUCGUCGAUUGGCGCGUCGUAUGUCGGAAUACAGGACAAAACCGAUUAUUAUAAACAAAAGCUUAUUGAAUGCUUCACAUCGCAAUAAAGUUUUCAACAACUACCCAUCAGUUUCACCAUCAUUAAAACAAAAUAGACUUUCAAUUCAACCUACAGAGGAACGGAGGUUGUCAAGCAGCGAUGAAGACAUCAAGGUCAACGAGGAAACAAACAAAAAAUCACACGAUCGUCGAGAUACGAAGCAUGACAUCGAACCGCAGACUAUAAGCAAUAAGUUGCACGGCCUUCUUGUCACUUUAAAACAAAUAGAAAAGGACUUCAACCGCCACCAUUCAGCAGCUCUUUCACAGUUACAAAAUUUCGAAAGGAGUCUCCGCGAGAUUGGGUUAAUUAUAGAUGACACUACAGAAAAAUAAAAUUGAAAAACAUAUCAGCUAUAAA